AUGGCGUUCAGUCUGCUGAAGAUGGCGUACCACAAGUGCAGUCCCGAAGACCGGCUGUGGUACGACAGUAUACCGGGCUACAAGCAGCCGGCCGACUUGCUGAAGUGUUGCGAUUACCUGUUAACGACGACCGGCAACAGGCGGCGGCCGAGCCGCGGCCUGGAUCUGUGCCGCGAGGCCGCCAUUAACGGGCACGUCGACUGUCUGCGGCAGUUGCGCGCAAUCGGCGUGCGGUGGAAUUGGCGGACCGCCGAGGCGGCCGCCUGGAGCGGCAGCGUGGAAUGUUUGCAGUACGCGCACGCGAACGGCUGUCCGAUACUCGACGUCUCGGUGUGGGUGGCCUCGGGCUGCGCCGGCCAUCUCGACACGCUCGAGUACGCCAGGCGACACAACUUCGUGUUCCCGCGCAACCUGUGCGCGAUAACCGCGCGCUACGGCGACCUCCGAGUGCUGAAGUACUUGCGGCGGUUGGGCUUCGAGUGGACCGCCAGGACGACCACGGAGGCCGCGCGCCACGGCCACCUGGCGUACAUGGUCUACGCGCGACGACGCGGCUGCCCGUGGGACGAGUCGACGUGCGCCGCGGCAGCCGAGAGCGGAGACAUUAGGAGCCUCCAUUACGCUCGCCGAAACGGGUGCCCGUGGGACGCCCGCACGUGCACCAGGGCCGCGGCCGGCGGCCACUACAUGAUACUGAAAUACGCACAUAUGAACGCGUGCCCGUGGGACGAGAGGACGUGCGCCGCGGCCGCGAAAAACGGCCACUUGAGGUGUUUGAAAUACUUGCAGCGUAAGGGGUGCCCUUGGGACGCGCGCACGUGCUACUUCGCCGCGCAGAACGGCCACAUCAAGUGCUUGAAAUUCGCACACCGCAAUGGAUGCCCGUGGGACUCGAACACCACCUACACCGCCGCGCACCACGGUCACUACAAGUGCCUGAAGUUCGCGCACCAGAACGGGUGCGAGUGGGACGUUCAAACGACCUUAAUGGCGGCCAUCAGCGGUAAUAAUAAGUGUUUCCGUUACGCGAUCAAAAACGGUUGCUAUUGGCCGAGAUGGCUGAGUUGGCGAGAAUUACGUAAUAUCCGGCGCAACAGAUUCUUUGCAUGA